AUGUCUUUUUCAAAGAUAGUAUAUGUUUUUCUAAGUGUGUGCUUGGUUUUCACAUGGGCCGGUAGCCAACCUCUUGGAAAAUUACCCACAGAUUUGGAAUUCUUAAGUUUUAUGUCAAAUUCUCGUGUUAAUCUGCAAGCAAAUCCUGAUCAAUCAAUUGAAUGUUUCAAUUACUAUAUUCCCAAAAUCAAUAAUAUUGCCCAAAACUAUUCAGCGGAUCUAAGCAAAUGUGCUGAUACCUCGGGAACAGCACAAAAGUCGGCUGAAGAUGCAACCCUAGAGCAGCGUAUCACAUUGGCCCAUGCAGUGAAUGCUUCAUGUGAGGUGUUGAACAAAUGUCAGGAGUCAGCUACUGUUUCGGAUAUUUUUCAAUGUUACAUCAAUGAGGGUUCCCAGCAAGCCAAGGCGUUGUAUGGUGUCUCUACAAAUGCCACCAUGCAAUUGUCGGAUUUAGUGGAAACUCUGCGCCGCAUUCAAAGUGAGGAGGCCGCCUGCAGUACUCAAGCUAAGGUGAAAUAUGAACGGGAUUCUGCAGCUGCAUAUGCCGAUUUGAAUAGCUGCAUUUUGGGCAACUCAAAUAUUCCCACAACAACGACGACAACAACUACCUCUACAGAAGUUUUUAGUACUAGUGAGAUUACAAACGUUCCCACUACUAGCGAGAGUACCACAAUACCCACUACCAUUAACCCUGAUGAAGAUCCUGAUAAAUUGCAACGCAAAUAACAUAAAGUGAAAUUUUAGAUUCCUAAGCUAGAUUUAAGGUAGAAAAUAAGUGACGGAAUCAAAUUAUG